GCAGACGCACUGAAAAACAGAGUGAAAAAACAACCAGCAACGUGUGGUUGAGGAAACUCUACUUCCUCUUUUGAGUGUGAUGGUCUGUUGAAGACGGGUGCACUUUCUUGCCGGAAUAAAACAACCUGCUGAUUUUUCUGCAACGAGGAUGCACCUUUUUUGCGCUGUGCUACUUUUGGCCUCUCUGGUCCUUGGACGCUCUUCGUCUGCCUUAAAUAAAGUGUGGGACGAGUGGCAAAUCAAACAUGGCAAGGUUUAUGAUAACCAGACUGAGGUCGUAUUCAGGAGGGCAGUGUGGGAGAAGAACGUGCAGUUGGUGUUGAGACACAAUCAGGAGGCCUCGGCAGGAAAACACAGCUUCACCAUGGGGCUCAAUCAUCUGGCCGACAUGACAGCUGAGGAAAUCAAUGAGAGGAUGAACGGCCUGAAGCUGGAGGAGCCUGUUAAUUUCAGCAAUGUCACUUUUAAGGAAGCGAGUGGUUUAUCAAUACCUCAGAGUGUGGACUGGAGAAAGAGCGGCCGGGUCAGCCCCGUCCAAAACCAGGGGUUGUGUGGGUCCUGCUGGGCCUUCAGCUCUUUGGGAGCUCUUGAGGGGCAGAUGAUGAAGACAACAGGUGUCCUUGUUCCCCUGAGCCCACAGAACCUGGUGGACUGCAGCACCAGAGAUGGAAAUCAUGGCUGCAACGGAGGAUACAUCUCUAAAUCCUUCAGCUACGUCAUCCGCAACCGAGGCGUAGACUCAGAGAGCUUUUACCCCUACGAACACCAGAACGGGAAAUGUCGGUAUUCUGCCAAGGGAAAGGCCGGCUACUGCUCUGAUUUCCACAUCCUCCCACGAGGAGAUGAGAAGAUUCUGCAGGCCGCAGUAGCGUCAGUGGGGCCAGUCGCUGUGGCCGUGAACGCCAUGCUGCAAUCUUUCCAUCUCUACAGAGGAGGUUUAUACAACGCACCAGGCUGUAACCCAAAGUUCAUAAAUCACGCUGUCCUAGUUGUUGGCUACGGCACAGACGGAGGACAAGACUUCUGGCUGGUGAAAAACAGUUGGGGAACUGCGUGGGGAGAAGAAGGCUUCAUUCGAAUUGCCAGAAACAAGAAUAAUCUCUGUGGCAUUGCCAGUUUUGCAGUCUACCCUUCAUUUGUGAUACAGCGAGAAGUUCUUCCUUUUUUAGAUCCAGAGAUGUUACGGAGCCUGCUCCUCACCGUUGUGUGUGGCUUUGCAACGGCCGUUAUCAAUUCUGAACUGGAUCGACACUGGUCACUAUGGAAGAAGAUGCACAAUAAAGUCUAUUCUCACCAGAUUGAGGAGUUAGGUCGCAGGCGGAUAUGGGAAGAAAACUUAGAAAUGAUUAAUGUUCAUAACCUGGAAGUCUCCCUGGGCUUACACACCUAUGAGCUGGCAAUGAACCACCUGGGAGACCUGACCAUUGAGGAGAUCACUAGCACGCUGACAGGCACCUUCGUGCCCUCUGACCUGGUGAGGGGUCCAUCAGACUUUCACGGGGUCAACUCCUCUUUACCAGCAUCACUGGACUGGAGGGAUGAAGGCCUGGUAACCAAUGUCAAAAUGCAGGGUUCUUGUGGCUCUUGUUGGGCCUUUAGUGCAGUCGGAGCUCUGGAAGGGCAGCUCAAGAAGUCUACAGGCUCCCUGAUGUCCCUCAGUCCUCAGAACCUGGUGGAUUGCUCCGUAAAAUACGGCAACCACGGGUGCAACGGUGGCUUCAUGGCAAACGCCUUCCAGUAUGUCAAAAACCAAGGCAUAGCUACUGAUGACGCCUACCCUUACGUCGGCAGGCGUGGUCAGUGCAAAUAUAACCCACAUUUGCGAGCUGCAAACUGCUCAGGCUAUGGCUUCUUACCAGAGGGGGAUGAGUUUGCCUUAAAGGCAGCUGUAGCCAGAAUCGGACCUAUCUCAGUAGCAAUUGAUGCCUCCAGGCCCAAGUUUGUCUUCUACCGUCAUGGUGUGUACAGGGACCACACAUGCACCAACAACGUGAACCAUGGAGUGCUGGCUGUGGGCUAUGGCACUGAGAGAGGACGUGACUACUGGCUGGUCAAAAAUAGUUGGGGUGUAAAUUACGGAGAUGAAGGCUACAUCAAGAUGGCUCGAAACAGACGCAACCAGUGUGGCAUCGCUCUCUACGCUUGUUUCCCCAUCAUGUGAUCGGCAAAUGUUCAAAGUUUUGGAUGUGCAUUUCUUGGCAGUAGUUGAGACAUUUUUUAAAUAAA